UUAACCAAAUCAUUUGUUCCACCAGUCCAAGAGUGCUCUCCAAUUCAGGCAUCAGCGUCCAAUGUAAGCUAUUGGUUACUCGGUUCUAAUAUAAACGUUCGGUCACCGGGAAAGAGGCAGUUUGGCCUAUCCAUCUCGACGGGAAAACAUUUUUGCCGGAGCCACCAAAGUCAAUAAACCCAAAAUUAUAUUCCUCCCCAUCGAGCAAUCGUCCCAUCCGAAUACCCAUCGCCAGAGAAAUUAAUCCUCCCCCACCAGCAGCUACCACCGGGCCACCUCCACCACUGGAUUCACCGCUGACCAAUACUCACAAUAUCGGGCACCAUCAGAUCCAAUCCUGACCACCAUCAGAAAGCCAAGACCAAUGUCGAGCUUUCCAGAGGAAACUAUGAUGAUGAUCCUCUUACGACUGCCCGUCAAGACUCUCGGUCAAUGCAAGUGCGUUUCCAAGUCAUGGCGUUCUUUAAUUUCUGAUCCCUUCUUUGUUAAAUCCCACUUGAAUCUCACAAUUUCAGAUCCCAACACCAACAAAUACUCCAAACUCUUCAUGAUGUACCCGUUUUACUCCCUUGACUAUGAGUCCCCAUCGUCGUUCAAAGAUAUCGAAGACGAUGGGGCCAUAGUAGAUCUCGGUUCUCCCCCCAAAGAACCAGACCUUGGUGUCGAAAUCGUGGGUUCUUGUAACGGCUUGAUCUGUUUGUUGCAUCUCUCGGAUUCCUUCAUCUUGUGGAACCCAACAAUCAAAGAGUCAAAAGAGUUACCAACCCCGCCUUUUUCGCCCUCUUAUGGCUAUUUGUGCUUCAGAGGAUUCGGUCAUAAUUCCUCCAUCGACGACUACAAGGUGGUAAGAGCCCCUAGCGCGGACGCAAAUCCCAACCAAUUCAUAGUUGAAGUUUUUAGUCUUAAGGCCGAUUCUUGGAGAAGGAUUGAAGACAUUAAAGAUAGUCUUGUUAUUGAAGAAGGAGAUGUGGGAAGUUGUUUGAAUGGGGCUCUACAUUGGCUAGGAAGCAGGGUUGCAGGUCCUAAUAAAAGAGGAGUGAUUGUUUCUCUUGAUUUGGGAACAGAGAAAUUCAGGGAGAUCCCAAUACCUGAUUGUGACAACAAGAAUGACACUAUUUCCUUCAAUACCUUGGGCAUGAUCAAUGGAUGCCUCAGUUUACUUUCGAAUGAAGGCAGAUCUAGAGAUGUUGGGAUAUGGGUAAUGAAGGAAUACGGCGUAAAUGCGUCUUGGACUAAACUUAUAGUCCUCCCGCAAGAUGAUUUCUCAUUCUGCAAUUACUUGGUUCCGCUACGCUUUACGAGUAACGGGGAUGUUGUGAUCGAUAUUGAUGGGAGGAGUGUGGUUAGGUACAAUCACAACGAGAAAACAGUGAGAAAUCUUAAGGUUCGUAGUGAAGACUUCAUCGAAUCGAUAUUAUAUGUAGAGAGUCUGAUCUCUCCUAAUGGUUACUAGGUGUUGAGUUCGUGUUUUUGGAAAAGAGAAAGGACAUAUGAGAAGAAUUUCCAGUUGAUGUAGUCUACGUAGAAAUGGAGUUUGAUGUUUUUUUUGUAGUGCUCUUAUGCAAUGUACACAACUUGGAAAGCAUUAUGAUCAAUUUUAUCUUGUGUCAA